GGAUCAGGUGGGGCUUUUACUUUGUUAAACUUGACUUAAUAUUGCAAAUGUUUUUAAAAGUAAGAUAUUAUUCCUGUUCCUCAGAAUAAUAAUCUUUAUUUCCAAUUUUUCAAUCAAGCCCAAAAGAAGUGGCAAAGCUGAUUUAAAACUGUCUUUAAAUCAGCAAAUGUGAACAGAUACCAUGAUUUACAUGUCCCUUUUUCAAAUAUUUAAAAUGUGUGUUUUUUUUGUUUGUUUGUUUAAUUACAAUAUUGCAUUCUUUUAUUACUGCUGGAAAUAUUUGAUGACAUUGUAUCAACUAUAAUCUGUCUGAGUCCCAGUUUGGCUUUAAAGACUCCAGGAAUGUUUAUGGACCUCCCCAACCGGAGCCUCCCAUUGGUCCUUUGGUUGGUGGGGUGUCAAAUGUCCCACUCGCCUUUGAACGCAGCUUCACCGAGGAAAAGUUUGUAAAAGUAGUUUUUGCGCCUCGUGUGAGUGAACCAGCCACUCGGAGCGACUCUCAGAGAGCAGCAGGGAUGCAGGGACCAGUUUCCCCUCAACUCUGACAGCUCGGUUGAACUCGGUGGGCUUCACGGUGAGUUCUGCUGUGAUUCGGGCUCAGGAAGUAGUCCCCUCAAAACCAACCAUGUCCCAGACGGAGCGGACUGAAACCGCAGACAAGCCGACGGUGAGCUCGGAACCGGAACCUGGAAGUGCCUCUGUGAACCCCAGAGCAGUCUGCGGCGUGUGUAGACACUUGUACCGGGAGCCCAAGAUCCUCCCCUGCCUGCACACCUUCUGCUCGGACUGCGUCGGGCAGCUGGAGCGGUUCUCUGCGCCUCCGCGGGGCCUCGUCACUGCAGCGGAAGCGGCCGAGCCGCGCCGAGACUCACUGUCGUUCACCGUGCUCUGCCCCGAGUGCGACACCGAGGUGGACAUCCCUCAGUCCGGACCGGCCGGGCUCAGCACGGACCGCUUGGCGCUGGACGAGGUGUUCCUGGAGGCCCUGGUGAGCGGCGGCCCGCUGGGCUGCGACCUGUGCGGCGAGGGGAGCGCCGAGAGCCGCUGCGAGGCGUGCAGCCUGAACCUGUGCGAGUUCUGCCGCCAGGCGCACAGGCGGCAGAAGCGAACCGCGUCUCAUUCUGUUGAGGCCGUGACGGAGCUGAGGGCCCGCGGCCGGCUCUGCCGCCCCGUCCUCUGCUCCCUUCACCCCGGCCAGGAGCUGAGGCUCUUCUGCCAGCCCUGCGACCUGCCGGUGUGUCUGGAAUGCGCCGCCACGCUGCACCGGGACCACCGCUGCCGCCCGACACACGACGUCGUCGACCGUCAUGGCGACCGGAUACGAGAACUGGUCAGCGCUCGCCUUCGGCCUCGUCUGGAGCGACUGGAGGACUCGCUGCAAAAGGUGGAAAUUUCUCAAGAACAUUUGGAGGUUCGAGUCGAUGAAACCGCCAAUCAGAUUAGAGCUUUCGCGCGCCAGUACGCCAGUGCUGUGGAGGCUCACUGCUUGUCUCUGCUGCGCCGCCUAGAGGAGAUCAGGGUGCAACGCAGAAACCACCUCCACCUGCAGAGGGCGCAGCUGCAGCAGGCCCUGCUGGACGUCAGAGGGAGCGUGGAGUUUGCGGAGCGGCUGCUGAGCUGCGGCUCUGACGCCGAGAUCCUCAGCGCUAAAGGAGUGACCCUGAGAAGACUGACCAGCCUGGCGGAGAGUGGGUACGACCCCCACCCCGCGACGGUCGCCCCCGACGACGGCGUCUGUUUCCUGCCCAGGGAGCCGGCCGGAGAGGUGGAAGGUUACCCGUUGGUGGGCGUGGUCCACUCCAGGACAGUGGACGUCAGCAGGUGCACCGUUGAAGGAGAAGGUCUGCAGCAGGGUACGGCAGCUCAGCGGGGACAUUUCACCCUGGUGUGUCGGGACUCCGGCGGGGAGCGGCUGGCUGGAGGAGGAGAACACGUCCUGGUCAGCAUCGUCCACAAAGAGAAGAAGAACUGCACCGUGGAGACAGUGGUGGCAGACAACAGUGAUGGAAGCUACAGCGUCUCCUACAGGCCAGAGGAAGCAGGACAGUACUCAGUGUGUGUCUGUGUCAGAGCCCAACAUGUUAAGGGUUCUCCAUUUAUUCUGAAUGUGCAGAGAAAGUUCAGGCAGCACAACGGGACUUUUCACUGCUGCUCCUUCUGCUCCAGCGGAGGCGCUAAAGAGGCUCGCUGUGGCUGCCCAGGAACCAUGCCAGGAGGAUUUAAAGGCUGCGGUCACGGCCACAAGGGGCAUCCAGGGAAGCCCCACUGGUCCUGCUGCGGCAGCACGGCGGAGAAGUCCGAGUGUUUGCCUCAGAGCGUACUGGCUGCAGUUUCCCCUCGCGGACACCUGAGAACUGUGGAGCUCUGAUGGGAAGUGGAGGUGAAACCCAGGCUGCUGGUGAACACAGAAGGCUCCAACGAGGAGAGAGCAGGAUGUCAGAUGGACAAAUGGAGUCACAUGGACCAAAAUUGUCGAGACAAAAGUAUUCACUGGACAAUUAAAAAAUUUUUUUGUUUGUUUUUUUUGAGACAAUAAAACAUGUUUUCAAUAUGCAGUCGCGGGUUUUGAUAUGGGCGAAAUGGGCAGUCGCCCAGAGCGGCAUCAGAAAAUGGUGAGACGCCCAAGAACUCUUACUAAGAUUGAUACCACUUGUAUGCAUGUACAGUGGAGUCUGUUUCCCUUAUUUGACGUUAAGUACUUAUCUGCUUUAUUUUUUAAAAAGUAUCAGGUAAUUGCUUGGAGAAGAGGGGCUUGCAUGCAUAUCGAUAUUUCAAGCCUACAAAGUUAGGUGCAGUGGUUAGAUAGAGAACGGUCAGAACAACCGUAAGCACCAAUGUGCUACUGCAAGUAACUACUAAUGGCACAACCCUGACAUUCUUGCAAUCAUAUGUUGAACAUUUUGGCAACAACUCUCCCUGAUAGUAUUUAUUAAAGAUGUGUCUAGUCUUUUAUAGACUCCAUUAGAAACAAAGCUGGUUUGGGUGAGUUAUCAGGUAAACUGGAGGACAUAGGAGUUCAUCCUGUACCUGGGCAGUGCUUAAAUAUCGCAACACAAAUCACAAUCUUUAUAUUAAUGUCAAUAGCUUAAGUUUUAAAAUUCCACUCAUUUUGUUAUACUUACCUCACAUUGUUAGUGUGAAUUGUUUUUUUCAUUUAUCUGUUUUUUUCUGCGCAGUUUGUCAUGUCAAACUUUUGUUACUGAUGUGUGCCUUGUCAUUCUGUUUUCUUCAAAUUUUCAAUAAAGAC